AUGUCAAAAAAAACUAAGUUAAUCAUUAGCGAAAAGGAAAUCGACAUCCUGGCUGAAAAAUCCCUAAGAGAAGCCAAAAAUUUCUCAAACGUGGAAAUAAUAAGAAAAAAAUACCUAGAAAAGGGAGGUGUAAUCUCUCAACUUUUUCAGCAAAUAAGUCAAGAAAGAGAUUUAGACAAGAGAAAAAAAUUAGACAUUUACCUGGAAGGAAAAAAAUAUCCUUUGGCUAGUCUCCACCCCAUUACCCAGAUUAUCCAAAAGAUUUAUGCUAUUUUUCUUCUGCUUGGCUAUCAAGUUGCCGAAAGUACCGAAAUAGAGACCGAAGAAUAUAAUUUUAAUAAACUAAAUAUACCGACGGAACACCCAGCUCGGGACAUGCAUGAUACUUUUUAUCUAAAUGCUAAUUUACUUCUCCGCACCCACACUUCUAAUACCCAAAUAAGAGUUAUGGAGAGUAAUCCUAAUCAGGAACUAAAAGUUAUCACGGCCGGUAAGGUUUAUCGACGAGACGAAGACGACGCGACUCAUACACAUCAAUUUACCCAAAUAGAAGGAUUUGUAGUUGGUCGUGAUAUUUCUUUUUCUCACUUAAAGGCGUGGAAGUGGACGCCCAAUGCCCUCCUUGCCAAGGAAAAGGCUGUAAUAUCUGCAAAAAAGACUGGCUGA